AUGUCCAAUCCACAGCCCGCUACCGUAGAUACCGGGUCUAUCACCGAGCCUGGACCUCUGGAGAACACCUACACCUCAGACCCCAGCCUUGAGCGGACCCUGGCAUGGUACCUACCAUCCGCUACAUUGAAAUCUGUACAACCACACCUCACUCAGCUUGGUGCCGAGGCCGUUUCAGAGCAGAUCCGUGAAUGGAGUGGCGAUGCUGAACGUAAUGUGCCAUAUGUGAAGAGCCACAACGUAUGGGGCAAGCGGUAUGAUUAUGAUCGCUUGGUCACCACUGAGGGCUGGAAACAGCUAGGAAAAUGGGGUGCUCGGAAUAGAAUCGUCUCAGCGGGCUAUGAUCACAGUUUGGGAGUUGAUCGGAGAACGGUUCAGUAUGCGCUAAACUAUUUGUAUGGUCCUUCUUCUGGCCUCUAUUCCUGCCCCAUUAGCAUGACGGAUGGUGCUGCGUUUAUUCUCUCAUCGAGAAUCGGCAAGCUCCCACCGACACAUCCGUUCCAGACUGCCUUCCAGGGCCUGAUCUCCGAGAAGGACGAUCACUGGACCUCGGGCCAGUGGAUGACCGAAAGAGCCGGUGGCAGCGAUGUCCAAAACACCGAAACCUGGGCCACAUACUCACCACUAGCUAAUCCCUCAGGCGUCGAUGCUCUGGGUGAAGGUGACUACCUCAUCAGCGGAUUCAAGUUCUUCUCCUCAGCCACAGAUGCCAACCUCGCACUUCUGCUCGCGAAAACGCCCUCCGGCAAACUCAGCACCUUCCUUGCGCCACUGCGACGAACCGUGGUGGGCCCGGACGGGACUUCUAGAGUCGUAUCAAACGGCGUGAGAAUCCACCGCCUGAAGAAUAAGCUCGGUACCAAAGAACUACCGACAGCCGAGUUAGAAGUGAAGGAUAUGCGAGCGCAUCUCGUUGGUGAGUUAGAUCAGGGCAUCGUUACCAUCGCGCCUUUGCUCAACGUCACCCGUCUGCAUACAUUCAUCGGCUCGCUCGGCGGCUGGCGCCGCGCUAUCAGCAUCACGAAGAGCUUCGCCAAGGCACGCACUACUGUCGGCGAGCCACUCUGGCUCAUUCCCAUGCACCUGCGACUCCUCGCAGACUUGGAAGUGAAGCAUCGGGGCGCUUCAAGCCUUGCGUGGUUUACCGUUGCGCUGUUCGGCCUUGUCGAGGAUAAGAAACCGUCAUCCAAGAAUCUCGCGCAUCUACCCCAGAUCGGCCGGGAAGCCGAGGUGAUUUUCCGUGCCUUGACCGCGACUGCCAAGGCUGUCAUCAGUAAGAUGGCUACUUUGGGAAUCCAGGAAUGCCAGGAGUCGAUGGGUGGAGUCGGGUAUAUGGACGAGGCCGACGAGCCCGAGUUUAACAUCUCCCGCAUCAUGCGCAACAACGCAGUCAAUUCCAUCUGGGAAGGUACAACCAACGUGCUGGCUAGUGAAUUCGUGCGCUACCUUCUCAAGAACGACAAUCUGAAGGUCUUCAGAAAAUGGCUAGACCGCACCCUCGGUUUGAUCAAGAACGCGUCUCUGCGGACAGCUCUGGGUGAUUCGUGGGAUGCUCUGCGUGCUCGUUUCGUGGCUCAAGAUCCUGCCUCGACUGUUGCUGAUGGCCGUCGCUUUAUGUUCACUUUAGCUUGGAUUCUGUGCGGUGCUCUUUUGGCCCUGGAUGCUGAGCGUGACGAUGAUCCUGUGACUGCUGAGAUCGCUCGUCGCUGGGUGCUGAGUAUUGAGGGUGGUGUCGGGGACCAGGUGUUCCAUGAUAUCCUUUCGGUGAAGGAUAAGGCGGGCGCUACAUCUGGUGGAGAGGAGCAUUUGCAGUGGGAUUGCCGUAUUGCUUGGGGUGUUGAUCUGCCGGAGAAGCGCGCUUCUGGUCAUCGGUCCUUGCAAAAGGCCGGUUCAAAGCUCUGA